AUGACACCACCUGCAGGUGAUAACGCAGCACUUCCUAAUUUAACAUCAGCAUUUUCAUCAAUUAAUCAAAUUAAUCAAAAUAAUACAAAUAAUAUUGAUGAAUGGCUUUUACUUGAUUCAAAUAAUGGUUUUAUUCGUUUAUAUGAUCCAAAUGAUGCAUCAUCAUCAUAUCCACGUUCGAAACUUGUACCAUGUACAAUGUGGACAACAAUUGAACAAAUAUGUUCAAGAUUAAAUAAUGAUUUAGAUCCACGAACAUGGUAUGCUCAAUAUCAUGGUGAUCGUAUACAACAUUUACGACCAGAUGAGAAACCAUUAUUUAUUCAACAUAAUUAUCUUCUUUCUAUUGGAUUUUCAUCUGUACAACGAUUACAACAAGAAGGUGAUAAACAUGAUCUUGGUUAUCUUAUACGAUUUCUUUCUGAUCGAUUAAUAAUUGAUCCAAAAAUUCAACCUCGAAGUUUAUCAACAUUAGCAUGGAUUCGUAAAGGAAAAUUAAUACGAAAAUGGAUUAAACGAAAAUGUGUUAUAUCAACUAGUCGAUUAACAGUUUAUCCUGAUGCAAAUACAAAUCCAUGUGUCAUUGAAUUACAACGUGCAAGUGUCGAAGAAGUUCAUUCAAGAGAUAAACCAUUUUGUUUAAAAUUAACUGUUGAUGAUGGAAAAGGUGAAGCUUUAUUUAUGGCUUUGAAUAAUGACGAAGAAUAUAGUCGAUGGCUUAAACGUUUACGAAAAACUACAAAUAAAUUACCGGAUAUUGCUGAUUAUUCUUCGAGUCAUUUGGAAUUAAUUCCAAAAACAUUAUUUGUUAAUCCAAAAUUAGCUGUUCUUAAUUUACGACACAAUAAUUUACUUAUGAGACCAUCUGAUGAAGCAGUUUUUACUGCCGGUUGGCUCGAUGAUUUAACACGUUUUCAACAUUUAACAUGUUUAAAUUUAGCUGAUAAUGAUUUAAAAAUCUUUCCAAAUGUUAUUUGUCAUCUUCCUCGUAUUGUUGAUUUAAAUCUUGCUAGUAAUGGUAUCGAUUCCAUUCCAAGUGAUAUCGAUAAAUUACAAAAUUUGGAAGUUCUCAAUUUACAAAGUAAUCGUCUAUCAAAUUUACCAGAUGAAAUCGAAAAUCUCAAACGAUUACGUGAUUUUUAUCUGGAUUUUAAUCUAUUUAAAGAUAUUCCAAUAUCAUUAGCACGUUUAACAAAUGUUCGUUAUUCUGAUGUUAGUCAUUUAUCUUUAGCAGGAAAUCAUAUUCGUAAAUUAUCCGUCGAUAGUAUACAAUAUCUUGAACAUUGUCGUCAAUUAGAUCUACGUAUGAAUCAAGUUAAAUUUGAUGAAAAUGAUUUUCUUUUAUUAAAUCAAUUAAUACAUCUAACAUACAUUGAUAUUUCACAUAAUUAUCGUAUAUAUGAACUUGAUUUACGUUCAUUAAAUAAUCUCGAACAAAUAAAUUGUUCAUAUAAUAAUACAUCACGUUUAAUAUUAAAUGGUCAUUUAUUAAAACAAUUAAAUGCUUCUCAUAAUAAAUUAAAACAUAUUGAUGUAAUUACUCCUCCGAUAAAUUUAGUUCAACUUGAUAUAAGCUCAAAUGAAUUUCAAAAUCUUCCCGAUUGGUUAAAUGAAGAUAACUUAUCAUUAGAAAGAUUAAUAGCUGAUCAUAAUCGAAUUAAUGUUUUACCUAAUAAAUUUUUUACAUCAAGUAAACGUCUUCAAUAUAUUCGAUUAAAUCAUAAUCGUUUAUUACAACUUCCUGGGAAAAUAACAAAUUGUAAUAUUGAAACUCUUCUACUUCAUUCGAAUCGUAUUGAACAAUUACCAGUUAAUUUCUUGAAAAAUAUGCAUCGAUUAAAAAUUUUAAAUUUAAGUUCGAAUCAACUUAUAUCAUUACCAUUACCAAAUGAUCGUACUGAUUUAAAUCGUUUACAAGAACUUUAUUUAUCGUGUAAUGAAUUAGAUGAUGAUGUAUUCGCAUUAAUAUCUCGUUAUGAACGAUUAAAAAUACUCUAUUUAGCUUAUAAUAAACUUGAACAAGUGGAUGAUGUUUCUUUGAGUAAAUUAGUUUCAUUAACAGAUUUAAAUUUAUCAGGAAAUAAUAUUCAAUCAUUACCACAAACUGCAUUAUCAUCAAUGGAAAAUUUACAAGGAUUAUAUCUUCAUUCAAAUCAACUUCGUGCAAUACCAGAUUUACGUCAAUUGAAUUCACUUAAAGUAUUAGAUUUAAGUUUUAAUGCAAUUGAUUCAGCUUCUAUUGAUAAUUUAUUUCCACCAUCAUUAACAAUACUUGAUUUAUCUGGAAAUCAAGCAAUUAAUAUACAAAGAGAUAGUCUAAAAUCAUUAAGUCAAAAAACUGUUUCUUUAAUAAAUAUAUCGGGAUUAUCAGAUAUAUCAUCUGAUACAUCAUUAUGGACUGUUGGUUUUGCUCAAAGUUCUGGUAGUCGAAAUAGAUUAGCAAUAACAACUGUAAAUGAAGGAUCAUUUAAUUAUUCAGCUAAUGAUGCUUUAUUUGCAAUGUUUGAUGGUGGAUUAAAUAAUGAAGUUCCACUUAUUCUUAAACAUAAAUUACCUGAUAUAUUAAAAUAUGAAUAUGAACAAUGUGAUCAAGCAAAUGUUUAUCUUAAACAUACAUUUCUUACAUUACAAAAACGAUUAAAAACAACUGGACAACGUUUAGGUGCAGCAUCAACUGUAGUUCAUAUACGUAGUUUAACCCCAUUAAAUACAAUAAAUUCAAAUGUUUAUUCAUCAACAACAACAACAUCUUCAUCAUCAUCACAAACUGAAAAUAAUUUUCGUUUUGAAUUAAAUGCAGCUAAUGUUGGUCACUGUGAAGCUAUACUUUGUCGAUCAUCAAUAAUACAUCCUUUAACACGUCGUUUUACAAUUCCACAUGAUGAAGGUGAAGGUAAACGUGUAAGAAAAACACCAAAUAUAAUUAUUAAUGAAGAUAAUGCAUUAAAUGCUAUAACAUCUCAAACAAGAAUGUUAGGCUGUUCAUUUCUUUAUCCAGCUGUUUUACCAACACCACAUAUAUCAUCAUUUAUUUUAAGUAAAAAUGAUGAAUUUUUUAUUAUUGCAAAUAAUUUAUUAUGGCAGCAUCUAUCACAUGAAGAAGCUGUACGAACUAUCCGUUCAAUUCAUAAUCCUGUUCUUGCAUCAAAAAAACUUGUUGAUAUAGCACAAAGUUAUGGUGCAAAAGAAAAUUUAGCUGUAUUAAUUGUUAGAUUCAAUUUUCAAAAAAAAGUUUAUCAUAUACCAAAUACCCCUUAUCAACAACCAAGAUUAGCACGACAACAAACUUAUUCAGCUAAUACAAGUUCAGGUGAACAUUCGCCAAUAGCAAGUCCAUUAAUGCCAUUAUUAGAUUCUACAGGUUAUUUAAGUGUUGGUGAAUUAAGUGGUGGUGAUGAAGAUGAUUCAAAUGAAGAACAUCAUUCAUCAGAUAUUCAUUUAAAUCCUAUGAGUGAAUAUUUUUAUCAUCAAUCCGAUCAAGCAUCAUCAUCUAGUGACGCACCAGCAACAUUAAAUGAUUCUACACAAAAUCGUCUUCUAUCGCGAAGUGGACGUACAUCUCUUUUAGCAACAUCACUUACUGAUACAUCAAAUUUAAGUGAUAGAAGAAACGAAAGAAUCUUUCAAUCUGAUACGAAACUUUUUAAUUUUCCAGCAUCAAAUGCACAACCAAUACGAAUAGUACCAAGUGAUUUAACAAUUGUUAGUGAAAUUAUUUCAACAUCACCACCACCAAAUUCAUUAUCACGAACAAAACGUAUUAAGAAUCCAUCAUUAAGUGGUGAUUGUCCACCAUCAGCACGAACCGGUCGUUACCGAAAGAAACUUACUCCCCCAGCUCGUCCACCAUUAGGUUAUUCUAAGCCACCUAAAACUGAAUAUUCAAGUAAUAGUGAUAUAUCAAAUGAAGGAUGUGAUUAUGAUUAUUCUCCAGCAUAUCCAGCUGGAUUACGUCCUGUAGCUGACGCUGUCUUAUCAGCAUCAUCAAGUGAUGAAGAUGAUGAUGAUUUUUCAUAUGUUGUUGAUCAAAUGAGUUUAGCAUCAACAAAUACGAAUACAGAUUGUCAACAACAAUCACCAAAUGAAUUUAGUUUUUAUGUUCGAAAACAUUAUCCAUCAACAUCAUCAACAACACCUUCUGCUGUUAAUAGUACACUGACAUCAUCAUCUGCUACAACGAACAAUCCUCCUCCACAAGCAUCAUCUCUUCCAAAUAAAAUAACUCGAUUAUAA